UACGCAUGCAUAACAUUCGUUCAGCAGACGCGCGAUACAUCGCGAGUGGGUUAACAGUGAUAGCCGAAGAAAUCAGCAAAUUAGCGCAUCUUAUCAAUAGAAGUGCUUGUUGUUGUUCUGUUUAGUUAUUUGUCUCAGUUAGUGAAAAUUUGAGCAUUCUUAAAAUAGACAGGGAUGAACUUCCAGUGGAUAAUCGCAAUAUGUGCACUUCUACAGGUCGGAAACUGUUCGAUAAAAAACUGUUGCGAGGGUGGGAACAUCUUGUUGGCGAAAAAAUGUCUGGAAGGAUCAAUAAAUAAUGUGCUUGAAUGUGCCAAUAGAUUCCUUUUGAACCCUGAAGAUCUUGAUAAAGUAGACGAAAUCAAUGGAAAGAUUAGCUUUGGGGAAGUCGUGCAAGAAAACGAAGGUUUUUGUAGAACCAAUGUGAACAAUUCUGAAGUGUUUAUUGUUUGUUACAACCCAGAGGAUCUUGAAGAACCUUCGAAAGUGUUUAUCUUCAUAGGAUUCAUGUCGUCGUUGUUCCUUUUCAUCACUGCCGCAAUUUAUAUUUCACUUCCUAAACUGCUAGAUUUACAGGGCUUAUGUGUUGUCCAUUCCGUUUUAGGAUUAGCUUUUGGAUUUGUUAUCAUGGGAGUUAAUCGUUUGAGCGAUGAAGCAUCCAGAUUUGUCUGCCAUUUCUUUGCCUACUCAUUGUACUUCUGUUUUCUCUACGCAUUCUUUUGGCUGAACACUUACUCCUUCCACAUAUGGAGAACUACAACUCAACCGAGGAUAUUCGCGAAUAUAAAUCAUUGGAAAUCAAUUUAUCACUUUUAUAGUUGUGGCUGUCCCCUUAUAUUACUGAUUGUAGUCUGUUUUUCCCAAGUUUCAAACUUAUAUAUAUACACCCACCCAAGAAUGGCUGAAGAAUCGAUAUGCUGGUUCGGAACUCUAGAAGCUUCUUUCGUCUACAUGUAUGUACCGAUUUCUCUAUUGCUAUCCCUCAAUAUUAUAUUCUUCUUCUUAACAAUAUAUGCAUUGUGGAAGGAAAUUCAACAAUACGAUGGAAAGAGGAUAAAAAUAAUAAGAUACAGGUUGUCGUUGUGUUUCAAAAUGUUCUUUGUAAUGGGGAUUUCAUGGAUCUUCGAAGUACUUUCUGCAGCUUUUGAACAUAAGCAUCCAUCAAUCGUAUGGAAAAUAACCGACACAAUUAAUUCGCUACAAGGUCUCCUGAUAUUUCUGGUAAUGGUUGUUUUACGCAAACGAGUAUACCGUCUACUGGCGGAAAAAUCCUACUGCCAGUGUUUGCCCUCAACCUGGAGAUCCAUCGGAGGAGGAGAAGAGGACGAUGAAGAAUGCACAGAUGUUAAUGACAUGAAACUGGACUCAGUGAUUGAUGAAUGAUUAAAAACACUUCGAAUUAAUGUCGCAAAAAUCUAGUCAUAAUUUUUGUAAAUAUAUUACCAAAAUUUCGAAUAAAUCAUGUUGAAUAUAA